UUUUAUCGACGUUGGACUUUCCGCAGGCUUCGUCGUAUGGCAUGAAUCCACUGCGGCCCUCCUCGUCGGCCUCCCUUCUGCAGCUGCGGCGGCUCAUUUCAACUUCAUCUGUGCGCCUAUCGGGCCACAACAAAUGGUCGAAAAUCAAAGAAAAGAAGGGUGUCAAUGAUCGCAAGAAGGGACAGGUCUAUAGCAAGGCCACCAGGGACAUAGCGAUAGCGGUGCGAAGUGGUGGCAGUGCCGAUCCAGACCUCAAUGCCGCCCUAGCAGCGGUCCUCAAAAGGGUCAAACAGCAGGGCGUCCCAAAGGACAACAUCGAAACUGCUUUGAAAAAGGCUGCCGGAGCAAAAGACAGGAGCGAUCAGCAGUUUUUGGUUUAUGAAGCUAUGGCACCUGGCUCCGUCGGCAUGAUCAUAGAAUGCAUUACAGACAACGUGAACCGUACCAAGCAUGCCGUCGACAACUUGCUGAGUGGUCAUGGUGCUCGGAUGGCACCCGUGAAAUUUCUCUUUUCGCGGCUUGGAUGUAUCGAAGUGGCGUUAGACAAAGCGCCUGAAUCUGAAUUCGAGAGAAAGCUUGACAGGCUCAUAGAGACAAUGCUCGAUGCCGGCGCGGAGGAUUUCAAAGAGACUGCCGCAAGCGACGUUGACGUGGAGUUAGAGUUCACUUGUCAGCCUCAAGAUCUGGGAAAGAUCACCACCACUGCUCUCGAGACCGGCUUGUGUCGAGAGUUGCUGAACAGUGAGCUCCAGUACAGAGCGCUGGAGGAGACUCCGUCACUGGAUGAACAUUCCGCAGAACGGAUAGAUGGUCUGCUUGAGGAGUUCGACGAGCUCGACGACGUUCUCAAAGUAUGGACGACCCUCGGUGCAUCAGGUUAGGCCAUUGCAAAAGAAUUGUUGUUGGAAGUGCUUGGCGAUAUACCGGGUAUCUUGUGUGCAUAUCAAGUAUUAUUACAUACAUCCACAUCUGGGCGAACAAGUAAUUGUAGUGCGAAUUCGAAAGACACUGUAUCCGCUAGUCACCGACAUCCUCCAUUCACCCAAAUAGUGUGUAUAUCAGCACCUCCAUAACAAUUCGUGACCAAUUCGUGGACAGAAAGGAUCCGUCGUGCAUGCGUGCUGAGGCUAAGUGGAUCAGUGAGGGUGAACUUUGCCGUGCCAUGUAGGUUCCAAAGAAAUCCAUGGCGCCGCUCGCAACCCGCCCAAGACGACAAUACCUUCUUGUACGGCCAAGUCGGCAAAUUCUUUCCAACGCGUCACUCCUGCCC